AUGGCAGUUGGCCGGGGGCGGAGCCAAGGGGCGGAGCCAAGAGUCCGCUCUGAGGCGGCGUCGGAGGACGAGGCCUGGUCGGCCAUGUUGCAGCUGCGGGACGCGGUGGAGGGCCAGGGCCAGGGCGGCGGGGCCGGAGGGGCGCUCUCUCCGGGCUCCGGCGACGCGGCGGCGGUUCUGGUGCCUUUCACACCGCCGGGGGAGUUUCCGCCCGGCUCCGGCUCGUCGUCGCUGUCUCCGCGGCAGACGCUCCGGCCCCUCAGCGUCCUCAACCCCACCCGCAGCGGGCGCCUCAAGGAGUACUUCGUCUUCCGGCCCGGAACCAUAGAGCAAGCUGUGAACGAGAUCCGGGUGGUAGUGAUGCCCACGGAAGAUGGCGAGGUCCAAAGCGUGUGGUUGCUGACGGAGAUCGACCACUGGAACAAUGAAAAGGAGCGCUUGGUCCUGAUCACCGAUUGGUCCCUGUUGAUUUGUAAGUACGACUUUAUCAGCCUGCAGUGCCAGCAAGUGACCCGGAUUUCGCUCAACGCAGUGGAUACCAUUUCUGUCGGGGAGUUCGAGUUUCCUCCUAAGUCGCUGAACAAGAGAGAAGGCACUGGGAUUCGAAUCCAGUGGGACAAGCAAAGCCGUGCCUCCUUUGUAAACAGAUGGAACCCAUGGGCCACAAACGUGCCCUACGCCACCUUCACAGAGCACCCCAUGGCCAAUGCGGAUGAGAAGAUUGCAUCUCUUUGCCAAUUGGAGAACUUCAAGACGCAGCUGAUCCAAGCCGUGAAGAAGGCCCACAAGGAGUGCCCUCUCCCCGGGAGAGCCAAUGGGGUCCUGCUCCUGGAGCGCCCACUCCUCAUCGAGACCUAUUUGGGGCUGAUGUCUUUCAUCAACAACGAGGCCAAGCUAGGCUACUCCAUGACGAGGGGCAAAAUCGGGUUCUGAAAGGCGAUGGAGAUGGCGGAGGGGCGGACAUUGUCUAGAAAAUCCCCAGAAGAUAAUUUGGGGAGAGAAGCAUGUAGAGGACUUUCCCCGUUUAUCCCACAGAUGGGUCAACACAAGACAGCGGGAGUGAUUGACUUCAGUUCGGAAUUAAACUCGCUGUCGCCACUUUGUAAUUUUUUAUUUUCUUUGUUCAUUUUCUCUAUUUGUGUGCAUCUCCGGUGAGUUCCUGAGCACGUCCUUCCUUUGACAGAAACAUCCUGCGAUCGCCAACUUAUGUAUGUUCGCAAUUCCAUUAUGUUUCGGCAGGUUGUGAGCUGUUGUGCCCAGUGUGACUUGUUUUGCUUCCGUUUGAGUGAUUUUUCGUACAUUUUUCAAGUUUGAAAUAGUUUUUUGCCCUUGCAAGAACCUUACACAGCACAGCGUCUCAUUUUACGAUGAGUUUUUGCCAUAGAGGAUCAAAUUUUUCUACCAAAAAAAACGGGCAUUUGGGAUUACUUUAUACUUUUUUAAAUACAGUCUAAACGAAUAGCACCAAAGUUUCACAUAAAGGAUUGCGAGGGGAAAACUAGAGUUAAAUUUGUUUCAACCCCUUAUACGGAGAUAGUGAUGUUGCACUGUCGCAUGUAGGCCUUAUAGCUGGGAUCCCAUCAGCCAUGUGGGAGAUAUAUACAUAUAUAGUAUUAUUCGUGGUUGCUUAAGCACCCAAGGACUUGUCUAGAUUGUCCACCAUUAAGGGCAGAAAAGCAACCCAUCCGUUUUCCUCGUGUGCAUUGCAUGAGUUUCCUGUGGAUCCCAGUCAAUGUCUCUUCUUUACAGAGUUCGUCUUUCUACAAAGCUGCUGUUUAGGAUAAAUCUCUGCUAUUCUCACGGAAAUGAUGAUAAUCCAACAUUUGAUAGUGCUUGCUCUCUAUGAAAGGUGUAUUUCCUCUUUCCCGCUCAGAUUUUUUCUGUAAAAUGUUGCUGCAGUGCAACCGAUAGCAUGUCGGGGUUUGGGCUGUUGGAAGUUCCUGUGUAUUCAAAGCUUAAUAAACACAGCUAAAUGUGAAGCGGAGAA